CUUUUAGUUGCAUUUGGCAUUCAAAAAGUUGCUGUCUUAACAAUCUCUCGGGCAUUAGUACUAUAUAGUAUAAUACGAAUAAACCACACACCAAUAUAAAAACUAUGAGCAAUGAGGUAAAUCGGCGAUUCAUUUUCAAGUUGGAAGUUACAAAUUUUAAUUUUGUUUAAAAACACUAUCGUUCACUUGUAGCUAAUAAGCAGUGCCCGUAUUUGUACAUGACUCUCAGAGCAUACGUUAUAAAUAAUACCUAUGACAAAUCAAUUAUUGAUUCUGUUAACCCUUAUUUAUUUACAUCCAAUUGUAGCACAUCCAAUUGUAGAACGCGUAAUGUUUACUCACUUUGGAUUACGCUUUAUUUAUUUUUAAGCAAUUUACAAAUUGUUUUAUCUCGAUAACAAUUGUUCCCUAAUUUAUCAAAUGUCAAAUAAUGAUUUUAUUUCGUUAUUGAAUUAUCAAUUUCGGGUAGAUAAUAAAACGACAACUUUUAGCUCUGUUCUAAUGUUCCAAGAAUAGUUUACUGUCUUCGCUUUUAGAACAUAAAAAGCAGUUAGUUUGAGUUUCUAAUUCAGUUAGCUGUUGUCUGUUACCAGACUAGUCGUACCUCGGAUCGAAGUUAAUUUAAUAAAAAAUGAAUACGACAACUCCAAGGAAUACUUUAUGGCAAAUGUUCGUACUACUCGCCAUCGGCCUGUUUGCUGCACCUGCUGUAGCAACCACAUUUGAUCCGGAUUUGAUUUGCACCCUAAUUGUAAAUGGCACUAAAAUCAACGAUCCUCGAGCCUGUGAUAAAUGGAUACAGUGCAUUAAUGACUUACCUGUUAAUGGAUCCUGUGCCGAGGGACUAUUCUAUGAUCGAGAGAGUGAAGACUGUUUACCCUCUGCAGAUGUGGACUGUGUUUCCAGUGAUCCUUGCGCCGCUACUUCCAAUGGCUUUACGGCCGAUCCAUACACCUGCAAUGGCUAUUAUUACUGCAAGAAUGGCACUGGCACAAGGGGCGAAUGUAAUUCUGGGUUGAACUAUAAUCCCAGUACCGAAGCUUGUAUUCGCGAUUAUCCCUGCACUGACAAAAUGAACCCCGACAGCUAUUGUAACAUUCUGCCCGAUGGCGUCUUUGCUUAG